GAAGUGAGCGUCGGGCUUCGACUCUCGAGGAGUCGCCGCGGGUGGAGAACCCGGGGAGCUAAGAGCUGACGACGCGUCCAGGAUGAUCUGGUAGAGAAGCGGACAACCCCCUCGUUCGAGAGCGCGAGAAAUGGCGUGCGGCAUAUCGGUCGACACGACCGCCACGAGCACGGUGCUUCUUCUCCUGGUUCUGCUUCAGGCAGCACUGGUCUGGGAAGAAGUGCGCGGCGCUCCGGUGAAGAAGAGCGACAUACUCGCCGGCACGGAAUUCUUAUCAGUCUUCAUAAACGGUGCCAUGGCAUCGCCGCCGCAGCGACGUCGGGGCUUCCUCCGACGCGGUCAUCAUGCAGCCUCGUCGGCGGGCGACAGCGCGACCGCCGAGUCGCAUCAGAACGAAGCGUCGAUCUAUCGAAUAUCUCGAAAUCCAGCCGCUGGCCGGCCGAUCUCGGUCUCGAGACCACAGACGAACGGUCGCGAAGAGGUACGUUUUUAUCCCAUAAGUCAGAAAACGCUGGAGAACCGGCAGCAAAAUCUAGCGUCGUUGAUCGAUGAUCUGAGCACACCGGGCGGCAUAAACUCGGCGCGUCUGACGCCGUCGAGCGUCGCGGCGACAACGACGACGACUACGACGAUGACGAGUGCACCGCCGCCAGUCAACCGUAAUCGAAUAAUCUCUAAAUCGAACGGGACUAAUGUCUCUGUCGCCAUCGGCAGAGGCGUCAGUCGACAGAAGGUGAUCGGUGUCAGCGUCACGUCCACGGUCGAGGCUACGCCGUACAAAGUGCGUGUUGAGCAUUACGACAACGCUGAUGCCGCGGUAGUAACGCGACCGCCAAGUUUGGAGUCAUCGGCGAACAAAGAAAUUGCUAGGGAACCAGCUAGAGAAUCGUCUGGAAGCACGCCGAGGGAGAUGAAUAAACCGUCGACAUCAUCGCCGUCAUCCACGACGACGACAACGACGACCACGACGACGACCACGACGACGACGAUGAUGACAACGCCGCCGCCGGCCGGAUUCGUCACGGAAGACCUCAGCAACAUCGUCUCGGAAUCGAACAGAAGCGAGUUCUCCGUCGACGAGGAUUCGCCGAGGACCAGUUGGCGCGAUCGCGUCACUAUGACACCGCGAAUUCAGCAGGUUCCCGCGUUCACGGAGAAUCAUCGGGACGAGAUCAACGAUACCACGCGUAUUGUCGACGUUGACGCGAUCACUCCGACGGAGGAGAAUUACGAGCUGCCGGUGGUGAACUCGGAGCCGCGCGAAUUAAACGAGGAGCUGCCGGAGGUGUCGUCAGAUCGGCUUCAGGGACGCAAGAUGGGACGUCACUACGACGCGUCGCUCUACGAUCGCUCGGGCUCGAAGGUGUACGGUCAGUCGUCCAAGAUAUACAAACCUGCGCAUACAUACAAUGAACCCGCCAAGGUGUACAGCGAACCGGCUAAGGUUUACAGUGAGCCCGAGCGAGUGUAUGGAGAACCUGCUAAAGUGUACAGUGAGCCUGCCAAGGUCUACAGCGAGCCGGCCAAGGUUUACAGCGAACCUGCUAAAGUCUACAGCGAACCUGCCAAGGUCUACGGUGAGCCAGAGAAGGUUUACUCCGAACCAUCCAAAAUCUACUCGGAACCGGCCAAGAUCUACUCGGAGCCGGCCAAGAUCUACUCGCAACCGGCCAAGGUGUACGGCGAGCCUAGCAAAGUGUACGAUUCCGAAGGUCAACCGAUCGAUCGUCACCAGCAGCAAGGUGAACCCGACGAGCAGAACUACGAGGUCGACGAAUCGGUCAGCGUCGGCAGCAACGGUAACGUUCACGGGCCGCAAUUGGUCGUCACGGAAGAAGCGCCGGGUGCGUCCGAGGUUGAAGACGGUCACAAGGUCGGCUACGUGGUCGAGGGCAGGAACUACAGGAAGUAUAGAGUCGAGGAGAGAACGCCGGACGGCUUCAUCGUAGGCGAAUACGGCGUCGUUAGUCACGACGACGGCUCGCUGCGUGGCGUCAGGUACACCGCCGACGGUACCAUCAAUCCUCAACUCAUCUACGACGCUCUGAUGAAGUUCCUCGCUCUGUGAGCGCCGCAACAACGAGCGGAAGGAAACGAGAGGAAGGAGGACGAAUCGACAAAUCGUCGCGAAACACCACGAAGAUCGCGCAUCACUGACGGACUGAUUUUCUUAUCCUACGAAAAAUUUACAAUUGUGUGCACAAUAUUUCUAUUCUAGCUAGAUUUUUCAACGUUAGCAAUGUCUGCCAAUGCUGGCAGAAAGAAAUACUACGAAUCAAAUACUACGAAAGCUAGCCUGUCCUUUUUCAGGAAGAAUCGAUUACAUGACAAGAAACGGCAAAUCAGCGAAUUGCGGAUUAAUUCGGGGUGGCUUCGACGACGUCGUCGACGAGACGAACACGACUGAUUCUUUUGCUCUUGCCAACUCAACUGCCUCAACAAUUAAUUUUAAGGACGACAUUUAGGAUCUAAGGAAGAGCCCGCUGCGUGUCCUACCAAGGUGACCCGUGCGCGCCGCCGAUUUGUGUCCGAUCCCGAGGACCGAAAGGUCGUCCGAGAUCGACGCACGAAAGUUGAAUCUCGAUGCACAGUCAUUGCGAAACGCUGACAGAUGAAAGUUACUCUUUGGGUGGCGAAAGUACGAACUUUUGUGUGUAGUGCUGCUCGAUGGCCUUUGAUGAUUGUGGCAACCGAUCGAAGUGGUUGUCAAAUGUUUUUCUUCCGGGCUAUUCGCAAAGCUCUCGAAGCGAGAACAGGACUAUUAAAAUAUUUUAGUGCGCAAGAGAGCCUGCACUUGACGAUAUGCAUCAGCUCAGAUUACUUCCAAUUGUAAUAUUAACAAUGUCAAAGUCGGUAACUUUGUAUCUCUAAAAUUUAUACGAUCUUCUACACGGUAUUUAUAUUGGUUUUUGCCUGAAAGCAUCAUAAAAAAUGUAUAGUCAUCGUAAAAUUAUUAUAAUUAUGAGAUACGCAUGAAAAACCAUGUGAGCCUUUUAAUUAGAUUUAGAAAUAUAGUGAAAUACGAAAUGUUAAAGAAAGAUCUAAUCUCAAUACAACUAUUAACACAAACUCGAUUUUAAAUUUACGCUGGCAAUAAUUUCCGCGCGUGUACGUAGUCUUCUCAACUGAAUAUCUCAAAUAACAAGAAUCUGUACCCGCCUUUAUAUUUUCGGUGACGAUGUAUCCGCAACAGACCCUCGAUCUUUGAUCUCUGAUCUUUGAUCUCUUGUAAGAAAAUCUUGGGUCGAGCUCAGAGCCGCAAAGAUUCAGACCGAACGAAAUAUUUUAGCUGAAGCAAUAGAAUUUUUUAACAUGUCAAGCACGUUUUGUGUGAAAAGAACUCAUAUUGCAACACGGAAAUAAUCUACGGCGCAAAUCGGUUAUCUUUCUAUUAAUUUUUUUGAACGAUAAAUCGAAACGCUGGAGAUGGUUGAUUGAUCGACACGAUCUCGUGCGAAUUGAAAGUAAAUCUUUUUUAUACAUUAGAUAGAUGCUAUUAAUGGCAAGAGACCUAUAUCUAUCAGAGAUUAAUUUAAUCGCCGAAGGGGAUCUAACGAAUUACUCCCUAAUGAUGUCAAAAUUAACGCUAGAACACUUAGAUUUUUCAAACUUACCGCCUUUAACGCUUAAAAAAACGACUCAAUUUAUUCUCAUACUUUACACAUUCAAUAUUAUUUCCUGCCGAAUCAUAUGCAGUAUGAUGAUUCCCAUUUCGAAAUUUAUCCAAGUUUCUUAUAAUUUCGAUAACAUCUAAAGAAAAUAUAUUAGUGCAGGAUUGAUAAAUGAAUCGAAUGCAUCUAAGUGUUUUAGAGUUAAUUUUAGAAUUAACAGCCUCCGAAAUCAUUGACUGAAUAUUCCCUUCGUGUGCAUCGCCGUCACGCUUCUGCGAUGAAGAGGUAAACGAGGAUGUUGCAGCUGCCAGGGCCCUUAUUCGAAAAUGAUUCGACGGUCCUCCGAUUUUAUCAAUGGGGGCCCCGCAGCAGCGAUGGACGAACCGACUUGUCGCGGCAGCGUUUCUGCGCGUCUACUAGUUUUAAGCUCCCCUAGAUAUUAAGACUGUCCCACAUCAAAGGAAAUAUCUCAAUCAGCGAGAAAGCCUCGUUUUUUUUUCCGUAGCAAUUAUAUUACCUAGUGUAUAAAACUAGCUCGUUUUCUUCUUAUUACCUCAGUCCUUUGAGAUAGUUCCUCUCGCCAUGCAAUAUCGAGCGAGCAUCCUAAGCGCGAGUAACGCUUCGCCAAACUAGCGAGAAGUAUCUACGGGAUGUUCCAGAAUUAUCGUUUCUCUCAUAAACGAGCAAUUACGGUAAAGUCAAUUACGAAUUGAACAAUGAAUAAAUAAAUUCACAAAUAAAAGUGGUGGUUUUAGUUCCUGGACAUUCCAGAUAUCUCUCGCGUAUUGCUCACGUUCGUAGACUAAGUAAUGUCUUGAUUAUUCUGCUUUACUCGCCCGUAUAUGUACACUUCUAAAGCAAUCCGAUAUGUUACAGACGGUAUCUCUAAGAACUUCCUCACAUGUAAGGCAUGCAAUUUAGAUAAUAUUUACUAUUAAAAUAUUAUGUAUAGUACGCUCUGUGCAGCCGUCGCCAUUUUUCAACAACAAUUUUGUAAUAAAUUGAUUGCCAUGAAAAUAACAUCCCAAUUAUUUU